AUGUUAACAACUUUAAUGAAACUAUUAAGCUCUUGUCUGUGGCCUUCUGCAUCGGGCAGGUCCGUUGAUUCAACGGGGAAACACGAUGGACUUCUCUGGUACAAAGACUCUGGUCAACACUUACUUGGUGACUUCUCUAUGGCUGUUGUUCAAGCCAACAAUCUACUCGAGGAUCAGAGCCAAGUUGAGUCUGGUCCUUUGAGUACACUUGACUCUGGUCCUUAUGGUACUUUUAUUGGUAUCUAUGAUGGUCAUGGUGGCCCUGAGACCUCUCGCUUUGUUAAUGAUCAUCUCUUUCAGCAUUUAAAGAGGUUUGCAGCAGAGGAGGCAUGUAUGUCUAUGGAAGUGAUUAGAAAAGCUUAUGAAGCAACUGAAGAAGGGUUUCUUGGGGUGGUGACAAAGCAGUGGCCGGUUAAGCCGCUUAUUGCAGCGGUGGGAUCUUGUUGCCUUGUGGGUGUUAUAUGUGGAGGGAUGCUGUAUAUUGCUAACGUUGGAGAUUCACGUGCAGUCCUUGGAAGGGCAAUGAGAGCCACAGGUGAAGCUAUUGCGCUUCAGCUAUCAGCGGAACAUAAUGUGAGCAUAGAGUCUGUUAGGCAGGAGAUGCACUCCUUGCACCCUGAUGACUCUCAUAUUGUUGUGUUAAAGCACAACGUGUGGCGCGUUAAGGGCCUUAUUCAGGUAUCUAGGUCCAUAGGAGACAUGUAUCUUAAGAAGGCGGAGUUCAACAGAGAACCAUUGUACACGAAGUACAGACUCCGAGAGCCGAUCAAAAGACCAAUCUUGAGCGGAGAACCGUCUAUAACAGAGCAUGAGCUCCAACCACAAGAUCAGUUUCUGAUAUUUGCUUCUGAUGGACUAUGGGAACAGCUUAGCAACCAAGAAGCUGUUGACAUCGUUCAAAACCACCCACGAAACGGGAUAGCACGUAGACUGGUGAAAACGGCAAUGCAAGCGGCAGCAAAGAAGAGAGAAAUGAGAUACUCUGAUCUGAUGAAGAUAGAGAGGGGUGUAAGGAGGCAUUUCCACGAUGACAUCACUGUGGUGGUCAUCUACCUUGAUACCAAUGUAGUGAGUUCUGCCAAAGGACCCCCUCUUUCUAUCCGAGGCCGCGGUAUGACUUUCCCCAAGAAACUCUAA